AUGUUGAUUAAACGGGAUGAUUUAAAUAUGGAAGAAAUUGAGAUUUGGGAAGGUUUAUUAAAAUGGUGUUUUUCUCAACAAAACGUGAUAAAUGACCCAACGAAAUGGAGUAGAGAUGAUAUUACAAAUAUUGAGAAGUCAUUACAUAGGUCUAUUCCUCUAAUUAGAUUUUAUGAUAUUAACCCUUAAAAACUUGAUUCAACCUUGAUUGAAUCAAGACACAUUUCCCUAUUUUCUUCAUGGAUUGAUAAAAAAGGUUCAUCACAUUAUAAUAAUAAAAUUCCUUAUGAAUUUAAAUUAUUAUAUCGUUCAGAUAGAGAUGGAUUUAAUGCCGCAUCAUUCCAUAGAAAUUGUGACAAUAA